AUGGGUGAAACAAAAAGGUAUGUCAUUACAGCACCAAAAGUAUUUCGUGUUGGAGCAUCUGAAAAUGUCGUCAUUCAAGUUUAUGGAUACACAGAAGCAUUUGAUGCAACAAUCUCUAUUAAAAGUUACCCAGAUAAGAAAGUUCAAUACUCUUCAGGCUAUGUUCACUUAUCUCCAGAAAAUAAAUUCCAGAACUCUGCAAUUUUAACAAUACAACCCAAACAACUGUCUGGAGGCCAAAAUCCAGUUUCAUAUGUGUAUUUGGAUGUUGUAUCAAAGCAUUUUUCAAAAGCGAAAAAAGUUCCAAUAACCCAUGACAAUGGAUUUCUCUUCCUUCAAACAGACAAACCGGUUUAUACUCCAGACCAAUCAGUAAAGGUCAGAGUUUAUUCAUUGAAUGAUGACUUGAAGCCAGCCAAAAGAACAAUUGUCUUAACUUUCAUAGAGCCCGAAGGAUCUGAAGUUGACCAGGUAGAAGAAAAUGACUAUACUGGAAUUGUCUCUUUUCCUGAUUUCAAGAUUCCAUCAAAUCCUAAAUAUGGUAUGUGGAAAAUUCAAGCUAAAUAUAAAGAAGACUUUUCAACAACUGAAACUCUAUGUUUUGAAGUUAAAGAAUAUGUGUUGCCACAUUUUUCUGUCUUAAUAGAACCAGAAAACCAUUUCAUUGGCUAUAAGGACUUUAACGAUUUUGAAAUUACCAUAAAAGCUAGGUAUUUUUAUAACAAAGUUGUCACUGAGGCUGAAGUUUAUAUCACUUUUGGAAUAAGAGAAGACUUAAAAGAUAGUCAAAAGGAAAUGAUGCCAAAAGCAAUGCAAAGCUCAGUGAUGAGAAAUGGAAUUAUUCAAGUCACAUUUAACACUGAAGCAGCAAUUAAAGAACUGUCAUAUAACAGUCUAGAAGAUCUCAAUGAUAAGUACCUUUAUAUUGCUGUAACAGUCAUCGAGGCUACAGGUGGAUUUUCUGAGGAGGCAGAAAUACCUGGCAUCAAAUACAUCCUCUCUCCCUACAAACUGAAUUUGGUUGCUACUCCACUUUUCUUAAAGCCUGGGAUUCCAUAUUCCAUCAAGGUGCAGGUGAAGGAUGCACUUGACCAAUUGAUUGGAGGAGUCCCAGUAACCCUGAAUGCAAAAGCAACUGAUGUAAACCAGGAGACAUCUGACCUGGAGCCAAAGAAAAGCAUAACACAUGUCAAAGAUGGAGUAGCCUCGUUUGUAGUUAAUCUCCCAUCUGGUGUGACAGCGCUGGAGUUUGACAUCAAAACUGAUGACCCAGUUCUUUCAGAAGAAAAUCAAGCCAGCAAAGUGUACCAAGCAAUAGCAUACUCAUCUCUCAGCCAAAGUUAUCUUUACAUUGACUGGACUGAAAGCUAUAAACCUUUGUUUGUUGGAGGACAUCUGAACAUUAUUGUUACCCCCCUAAGUCCAUAUAUUGACAAAAUAACUCACUAUAAUUAUUUGAUUUUAUCCAAAGGCAAAAUCGUACACUUUGGCACAAGGGAGAAGCUUCCAGAUCUAUCUUAUCAAAGUAUAAAUAUUCCAGUGACACAGAGCAUGGUUCCUUCAGCUCGUCUCCUUGUCUAUUACAUCGUCACAGGAGAACAGACAGCAGAAUUGGUAUCUGAUUCAGUCUGGUUAAACAUUGAAGAAAAGUGUGGCAAUCAACUCCAAGUUCAUCUAUCUCCAAAUACAAAUGUUUAUUCUCCAGGCCAAGAUGUAUCUUUAAAUAUGGCAACUGAGUCAGAUUCGUGGGUGGCGUUAACAGCAGUGGACAGUGCUAUCUAUGGAGUCAGAAGAAUAGCCAAAAAGCCCAUAGAAAAAGUAUUUCAGACUUUAGAGAAGAGUGACCAGGGCUGUGGAGCAGGUGGUGGCCGCAACAAUGCCGAAGUAUUCCAUCUUGCAGGACUCACCUUCCUAACCAACGCAAAUGCUGAUGACUCCCAAGAAAACGAUGAACCUUGUAAAGAAGUUCUCAGGUCAAGAAGAAUGCUGAAGAUCUUGAUAGAUACAGAAGCUGCUAAAUACAGACACGCAUUCAUAAAGAAAUGUUGUUACGAUGGAGCCCGUCGUAGUGAAGAAAGUUGUGAGCAGCGAGCUGCACGGAUUACCAUAGGUCCAAGAUGUGUUGCAGCUUUCAACGUAUGUUGUACCAUUGCAAACAAAUUCCGUGAUGAAAAUGAUAAUAAAAUUCUACAAUUGGGAAGGCUAGAAAUAAAGAGCUUGCUACCUGUAAGCAACCCAGAAAUUCGAAGCUAUUUUCCAGAAAGCUGGUUAUGGGAAGUUCAUCAUGUACCCAAAAGAAAACAGUUGCAGUUUACGCUACCUGAUUCUCUAACUACCUGGGAAAUUCAAGGUGUUGGCAUUUCAAAUAGUGGUAUAUGUGUUACUGAUACUGUCAAGGCAACAGUGUUCAAAGAUGUCUUCCUGGAAAUGAAUAUACCAUAUUCUGUUGUACGAGGGGAACAGAUAGAAUUGAAAGGGACUGUUUACAACUAUAGGACUUCUGGGAUGCUGUUCUGUGUUAAAAUGGCUUCUCCUGAGAGCAUCUGUACAUUGGGAAACCCAAGCACUGAUCAUCAGGGUAUAAGACCUUCCAGAUGUCUGUCUCAGAGAGUAGAGGGCUCCUCCAAUCACUUGGUGACCUUCAUUGUGCUUCCUCUGGAAAUAGGCCUCCACAUUAUCAACUUUACACUGGAGACUUCAUUGGGAAGAGAAAUCUUAGUAAAAACAUUACGAGUCAUGCCAGAAGGUGUUAAAAGGGAAACUCAUGCUGGCCUUACUCUGGACCCAAAGGGUAUUUAUGGUGCCGUUAGCAGACGAAAAGUAUUCCCCUACAGGAUGCCAUUAGAUCUGGUUCCCAAAACAAGAGUCAAAAGGAUUGUGAGUGUAAAAGGACAACUUAUAGGUGAGGUCAUGUCUACAGUUCUGAGUCAGGAAGGCAUCAACAUCCUAACCCAUCUUCCGAAGGGAAAUGCAGAGGCAGAGUUGAUGAGCAUUGUCCCAGUAUUCUACGUCUUUCACUAUCUGGAGGCAGGAAAUAAUUGGGAUACUUUUUAUCUUAACCCACAUAGUGAAAAACAAAAGCUGAAGAAGAAAUUAAAAGAAGGGAUGAUGAGCAUCAUGUCAUACAGAAACCCUGACUAUUCUUACAGCAUGUGGAAGGGUGCAAACUCUAGCACUUGGUUAACAGCUUUUGCUUUGAGAAUACUUGGGCAAGUAAAUAAAUAUAUAAAUCAGAACCAAAAUUCAAUUUGCAAUACUUUAUUGUGGCUGAUUGAGAAAUGUCAAUUAGAAAAUGGAUCUUUUGAGGAGAAGUCCCAGUAUCACCCAGUAAAAUUACAGGGUACCUUGCCUAUUGAAAUCCAACAGAACACCCUAUAUCUUACAGCCUUCACUGUUAUUGGAAUUAGAAAGGCUUUUGAUAUAUGCCCCCUGGUGAAAAUCAGCACAGCUCUUAAUAAAGCUGAUUCCUUUUUGCUGGAAAAUACCCUCCCAGCCCAAAGCACCUACACACUGGCCAUUGCUGCAUAUGCUCUUUCCCUGGGAGAUUCAGCACACAGACAAUUUCGUGUAAUUUUUAAUGCCCUGAAGAAGGAAGCUUUCAUGAAAGGCAAUCCACCCAAUUAUCGAUUUUGGAGAGGUGAUCUUAAGGCCAAAGACAGUUCUAUACCUGACACCAGUACUGCCAAUAUGGUAGAAACCACUGCCUAUGCUCUACUCACCAGCCUGGGCAUGAAAGAAAUUAAUUACGUUAACCCAAUCAUCAAGUGGUUAUCUGAAGAACAGAGGUACGGAGGAGGCUUUUAUUCUACCCAGGAUACAAUUAAUGCCAUUGAGGGCCUGACAGAAUACUCACUUCUGGUGAAACAACUUCGCUUGAAUAUGGAUAUCAAUAUUUCUUACAAGAACAGAGGUGACAUCUACCAUUAUAGGAUGACAGAGGAAAAUUCCCUUGGGAGGCCAAUAGAGGUGCCUCUCAACGAUGACCUCGUCGUCAGUACUGGAUAUAGCAAUGGCUUGGCUACAGUACAUGUAACAACUGUGGUUCACAAAACCAGUACAUCUGAGGAGGUUUGUAGUUUUCAUUUAAAAAUUGAAACUCAGGACAAUGAAGCCUCCAACCUCAGAACCUACGGCCAGUUGAAUUACAAACGCAUAAUUGCAUGUGCCAGCUAUAAACCCGGCAAGGACGAAUCAUCCUCUGGAUCCUCCCAUGCUGUAAUGGAUAUCUCUUUGCCUACUGGAAUCGAUGCAAACACAGAAGACUUAAAAGCUCUUGUGGAUGGAGUGGAUCAAUUAUUAGCUGAUUACCAGGUCAAAGAUGGACAUGUUAUUCUGCAAGUAAAUUCGAUUCCCACCAAUGAGUACCUCUGUGUCCGUUUCCGGAUAUUUGAACUUUUUCAAGUUGGAUUUCUGAGUCCUGCUACUUUCACGGUGUAUGAAUACCACAAACCAGAUAAACAGUGCACCAUGUUUUAUAGCCCUUCCCAUACCAAACUGCAGAAGGUCUGUGAAGGAGCAAUGUGCCAAUGUGUAGAAGCUGACUGUGGACAAAUGCAGAAAAAAUUGGAUCUGACAAUCUCUGCAGAGGCUAGAAAAGAUGCAGCAUGUAAACCAGAGAUUGCAUAUGCUUAUAAAGUUAAAAUCACAUCUAUUACUGAAGAAAAUAGUUUUGUCAAGUAUACUGCAACUCUUCUGGAUAUCUACAAAGCUGGGGAAGCUGUUGCUGAGAAAGGCUCUGAAAUAACCUUCAUAAAAAAGGCGACCUGUGCUAAUGCUGACCUGGAAAAAGGAAGACAAUAUUUAAUUAUGGGUAAAGAAGCUCUCCAGAUAAAAUACCACUUCAGUUUCAAGUACAUCUACCCUUUAGAUUCUUUGACCUGGAUUGAAUAUUGGCCUACAGAUGCAAUAUGCCCAUCAUGUCCAGCCCAUUUAACUAAUUUACAAGAUUUUGCCGACGACAUCUUUUUAAAUGGCUGUGAACAUGCCUGA